UUUCGAGGGCUAGGAUGGUCAGUGUUUUUCUCAGGACUGUUGAAAUUUCGAGCUGUACUCAUCCUCCAGCGUCAAACUCUAAUACCUGGAUCAUUCUUGCUUACUUAGGGGCGAUUUGGCUUCUGUCUCUUCUGUCACUUUCAGUCGCGCAAGAGGGAAAUGUGAACAUCAAAGCUGUAACUUACCCGGUCUGUCAUGCAGAGACUCCACAUUACGACAGCUCCACCGAUAACCUCAUUUUCAUAGAUUUAUGUGGAAAGAAAUUUUGCAUUCAUAACCUUCUGAAUGAAGAAACUCACUGCACAUGUUGUCUAGGUACUUUUCAUCAAUGUCUCACUGUUUCUUUUUGA